AUGCUAGGGAUCCAUUUCCAAAUGAAAGACGCCAAUGUAGCGGAUUUGUCAGUUGUGAAGUUGUCGUUGAAUGGCUGUGCUGCGCGCCGCGCAUCGGAAAGCGGCUUCUACCAUGACAUCCAUGUGGUCGAAGCACCUAUAAACGGCGGAGAUCCUUGCGAUUUGCUUGAAGACUUUGAGCCCUGCGCCGAGAUUAGCUGCUUCGGCUCGGACUGCAAGGUAUCUGAGUGGAGCGAAUGGGGUGCGUGCAGCAAGGAGUGCGGGGGCGGAGUCCACACUCGAGAGCGCCAGGUGCUGAUGCCCAGCACAGGGAACGGAGCAGACUGCCCGGAGCUGCAGCAGCGGCGCGGCUGUGGCCUCCACCGCUGUCCGGGGGUCCCCUGCGAAGACAGUCCCGACGUGCCUUUGUUAACUGGAGUGGAGUGCAAGGUACUGCUGGCGAUGGGCUGCCACCGACGUCUUCAGGAGCUGGCGGAGGAGAACAACCAACCUUUUCCUGAGGACCUGCCCCCCGAAGUCCGCGUCAGCGACGCCUGCCCCAAGACGUGUGGGGUCUGCGCAGAGUGCGCCCCUGGUUGUCAGCUAAGAGACCUUGGAAACAGACACUGCGACGAGCCUUGCAACAACGAAGCCUGUCAGAUGGACUUAGGAGACUGCGGGGGUGACUGCGCCCUCGGCCAGCUUCCCCCAGGGUUGCGGCUGGAGCCCGCAACCUCUAUGAUGACGGAAGGCCAAACGCUCAUAGCGAGUUGCGCAGACCCUGAUAUGCGGCUGUCUCCCUUUUCGUCCAUGAGGCAGCUAGCCAUUACCUGCGUGGGUAAAGGCGAAUUCACUCUUGAACCUCCCGAUAUCCCCCUCAAAAAAGAUGAGGAAGAAGCCUUGUUGCUUCCUCCUUGCGCUCCAGACCCCUGUCCCUUCAUCUCCGUCAGCGGAUUCACUGGGGACGCGGCUGUCUUCAACGGCAUCUUCUUAAGGGGAGACCCACAUGGCAGUUUGCCCCGCUUCCUGCAAGACACGCUGAACCCUCCUGCUCACUUUCUGCUGACCCCAACACUGCUGCCCAGAACUCAGGGCUCACCGCAGCGGCAACCGGCGGAGACUGUGCUGCGGAGACAGCCGGAGGCGAUGCAGCCGUUGGGUGCACAGACAGCUGGGAAGUGGGCGUCGCUGGGACAGAAACCACCAUCAGGGCUCACUGCAGCGGCAACCGGCGGAGACUGUGCUGCGGAGACAGCUGGAGGCGAUGCAGCCGUUGGGUGCACAGACAGCUGGGAAGUGGGCGUCGCCGGGACAGAAACCACCAGCAAACCCCAGAAAGCCACAUUUAAAUGCAUUGAUGAAGAGACUCGAGCCGAGCUGGAGGCACAGCAGCUAGGACCGGAGGACUCGGAAGAGCAGCAGGCAGUGCCACAGGGUCCCCCAGUGACUGUAGUAGCUGGAGUGGAGAUGGUCUGUGAGGACCAGCAGGAAGUGCAGGAAAAAUCCGGCAAGUCUUGUGAGGCUCUGAAGAAGAUGCUCAAAUGCGACUUCUUGCUCGCAGAUGCGGGAGUUGAUCUUCCCUCGUUUCUGCCGCCAGACGCCACGCUUGCGCUCGCCUGUCCCCAGACCUGUGGUCUCUGCAAGCAGUGCGCCAGAGGUUGCCCCCUGUGGUUCCUGGGGAACAGACAUUGCGACCAAGCCUGCAACGUUGCCGCCUGUCAGUACGACAGGGGAGACUGUGGCAGCACGGGCCAGGCUGCCGCAGCACCGCAUCAGGAUGCAGAGGCUACUGACGAAGAGGAUGAAGAGGAUUUCGUUGCUUUGGGUCCUCACGAACCCCAGAAGAAGCAGCAGCAGCAGUCGGAAGACGACGAAGAAGACGAAGACGAUCCUGCUACAGCGUGCGAGGACGACCCCCAAGUCAAAGCUAUGGGAUUCACAUGCAAGGUUCUCUACGCGGUAGCUGAAGGGACUCCUGAGGGCUGCAACAGUCGCUUGCAGGAUCUGCGCCCAGACGAGGCCCUGCCUCCUGGAGUGCCUCCCAUCACAAGGGUUAAAGAUGCCUGUCCGAAGACCUGCAGAGCUUGCAACGAUCCUGACAGACUGCGGCGCCCUGGAUCGCGGGCAGCAGAUUCCGCAUCUUGCCAAGAUGAUCCUAUGGUGACGGAGAUGGGCUACAGUUGUAAGCUGCUCCUGGCUGUAGCUGAAGAAGAAGGGGAAGGUUGCGAGGCCAGGCUGAUAGACCUUAAGCCAGAUCAAACACUUCCACCCGGUAUCCCUCACCAGACGAGGGUUAAGGAUGCUUGCCCCAAGACCUGCAACGCAUGCGACGACCCCACACGGCUGCAGCGACCUUCGCACACUCCGGGAGCUGCGUGCACGGACUUUGAGUUUGUGGGAGAGGCUGGUUCUUCAUGCAAGUUGCUGCUGACCCUUGCUCAGUCCCAGGGCCUUGGCGGGUGCUCAGCGCCCCUUUCUGCUUUGUUAGAGGAGAAGCACUGGCCUCAGGGAACACCAUCUGACAUUACACUCGGCGACGCCUGUCCGCAUACAUGUGACUACUGUGAAGGCUACACUUGCAGGCAAAUUAAGGACUUUUUGAACGGCGACUGCUCCGUCGAGUUGGAGUCUCUCUCCAGCACACCGUUGCCGCCAGAAGUUCCCAAAGGCGCGACCCUCCGAGAUGCCUGCCCGUACACUUGCGGGGCUUGUCCGGCUCAGCAAUGCGUAGAUAAUCCAAUGGUUCAGCAAAUGGGGUACUCUUGCGAUAUGCUGAUCGCCGCAGCAGAGGGCAGAGGAGGGUGCGAGGCCCUUCUAACAUCACUCAGCGGGGAGCCGCUUCCUGCAGGAGUCCCUCCCACCACCCGAGUCCGUGAUGCAUGUCUCAAGUCUUGCAAUGCGUGUCCUCCACUCUUCACUGGCGCUGGAGGGCCUGAAGCAGCAGCCGCUCCAGGCGGUGCCGCAGCAGCACCAGACUGUUUCGAUCCGCAGCAGAGGGCAGAGGAGGGAGUCCCUCCCACCACACGAGUCCGCGAUGCAUGUCUCAAGUCUUGCAAUGCGUGUCCCCCACUCUUUACUGGCGCUGGAGGGCCUGAAGCAGCAGCCGCUCCAGGCGGUGCCGCAGCAGCACCAGACUGUUUCGACGAUGGCCGUCUCCCUCAACUGGGGUAUUCUUGCGCAAUGCUUCUUGACUUUGCAAGUAAGGGCUGUGAAACAACUCUAGGAGAACUGUUACCGCAGUCCCUCUCUCUGCCUCGCCACCUGCAUCGCCACGACAUGAUCAAGGACUUCUGCCCCAAGACGCAUCACCUCUUGGCUGCAGGAGGAGCGGUAGAUGCAGCAGGACGCCGCCGUGGCUGCCGGAACAACCCCAUGGUUGAGAGAGCGGGCCUCAGUUGCGCCCUUCUCGUGAAGGCAUCACCUCUUGGCUGCAACGCUAAGCUGGCAGACCUCAGCGACGACCCCUUGCCCCCGGGGGUUCCACCCAGUGCUACCGUGCGCGACGCGUGCAUGCUUGAUUGUGGGGGCUGCAUAGACGUCCCUACAUGUUUUGAUGGUUUCCAGAAUGGAGAUGAAGAAGGCAUUGAUUGCGGAGGUCGAUGCAGGCCUUGCGCCCCCUGUGACCCGUCUCCCCUCAAGGCACUUGGGGAGGGCGUCAUUCAGGAGGGCAGGGGUACCGCUCACGGAGCGACUCGCCGACUCUCAUGUCGCGCGGAGUUCGUCCGUGUAGCCGGUAGAAACGGCGAAGAGGUCAUCUGCCAAGAUGGAACGUUCAGCAAGCCCAAACUUCGCUGCGAACCCAGAUCAGUCACUGUUCAGUAUAUCAAGGCGUAUAUACGAAAUGCAGGGGACCUGCAGUAUGGCGCUGUUCCAGCUCUGUUUGCUGCUCUCUCCUCGGCCCUGAGAGACCUGCAGUAUGGCGCUGUUCCGGCUCUGUUUGCUGCUCUCUCCUCGGCCCUGAGGGUACAGCCACCAGACGAAUUGCGAUUACUGGCGGUUGGGCUCGACCGGAGAAACGACGGGACGCGGCCUUCUGGAGCUUGUGAAGACGACCCCCGUGUAGCAGAAAUGGGGUACAGCUGCGCCAUGAUGGAGGCGUUCUGUGAUUCCAAGCUCCAUGACCUUGCAGCUGCUCAAAAGAAGCAACUGCCGGACUGGCUUCCGAAGGAAGCGAAGGUCAAAGAUGCAUGCAGGAAAACUUGCGGGGCCUGUGAUAACCGACGACGGCUCCAGGCUGUUUCGGGGUCUCCAUUGUCGUCCUUACCUUUGUUGAUCGAUGCUGGUGUUCUAUGGACUAGAACAGCGGUGCCAUUUUCAAGUUUGCUUACUGACGAUCUUCCGGAGCGCUUUCUGUCGGCCUUGAAACAGCAGUUUAUACAGCGAGGAGUGACGCUCAUAGACCCCACCGACAAGUCUCUUGUCUCAGCUGCCAUGGCCCUCAGCUCACGCCCCUUCACCUUCGCCAUAGAAAGCACCGAACAACGAAGGCUGCCAAUAGCCCACUGGGAGGGCGGAUUUGGGUCCUACUCUCCAGCAUCUCACUCCAAAGCUGUCUUUGCCGCUGCUGGGCUGCCUAUACCGUCGUCUCAGGCAGUUGACCUACCGCACAUCCUCGACAGAGACGGAAGAAGACCAGGGCCUCCUUCUUAUGCCUCGGUGGAUUACUCAUUUGGAGAGGCGGCUCCGGUGCACCUGCCUCUUCCGCCCGGUGUAAACACCUUGCGCGGGGCCUGCUUUGACCCGCUGAGCUACCGCUCUGACGCCAACAGCUGCUGCAGCCUCCAAGAAGAGCUCCAGGUCUUUGUUGAUGGGCCUUGUGGAGCUUUGCUAUACGGUCGCCGGUUGACACAGGAGACACUUGCAGCCUUCUAUAACCGACGACGGCUCCAGGCUGUUUCGGGGUCUCCAUUGUCGUCCUUACCUUUGUUGAUCGAUGCUGGUGUUCUAUGGACUAGAACAGCGGUGCCAUUUUCAAGUUUGCUUACUGACGAUCUUCCGGAGCGCUUUCUGUCGGCCUUGAAACAGCAGUUUAUACAGCGAGGAGUGACGCUCAUAGACCCCACCGACAAGUCUCUUGUCUCAGCUGCCAUGGCCCUCAGCUCACGCCCCUUCACCUUCGCCAUAGAAAGCACCGAACAACGAAGGCUGCCAAUAGCCCACUGGGAGGGCGGAUUUGGGUCCUACUCUCCAGCAUCUCACUCCAAAGCUGUCUUUGCCGCUGCUGGGCUGCCUAUACCAUCCUCUCAGGCAGUUGACCUACCGCACAUCCUCGACAGAGACGGAAGAAGACCAGGGCCACCUUCUUAUGCCUCGGUGGAUUACUCAUUUGGAGAAGCGGCCCCGGUGCACCUGCCUCUUCCGCCCGGUGUAAACACCUUGCGCGGGGCCUGCUUUGACCCGCUGAGCUACCGGUCAGACGCCAACAGCUGCUGCAGCCUCCAAGAAGAGCUCCAGGUCUUUGUUGAUGGGCCUUGUGGAGCUUUGCUAUACGGUCGCCGGUUGACACAGGAGACACUUGCGGCCUUCUGUGAGAAGCCCGUGGAGGGUCGGUAUUGCUGGGCUUCCUUCCUCUCUCGUGUUGACGCUCAUAAACGGCGGAAUGGGGCUGCCUGCGGUCUCGUUCAAGCUGUCGAAGCUGUGUUAGAGGCAUGGUGUUACAAAGACCCCACCAGCAGCCCCUCAAGGUACUGCUUUGCCCAAGUGGAGGAUGCACUGGAGGCUGCCGACCUUCGGUCCCUGGGGUCAAAGACAUCAAGUCAGCUGGAUGAGAUAUGCGGGGAGAAGAGCUGUUUCAGGAGCAACCUGAGGUACCUUGACAAUAUGACAUUGCUUCAAACAGCGUGGCAGAUCCUCCACGCACCAACAGAUGAAGGGAGGCAAGGGGAUGUCUCUCCAUUUGCGCCCGAAAUAUCCAGAACUUUUGGUAGGGUCCCUGAAGCAGCUGCGGCUCGGCGACUUCAAGGAGGGGGGACAAAAGGAGCUGGCACUUUCAGUCAGGGAUUCUAUGAGCACACUCGCCGGCUUCUGGACGCUCGCGAGAGGGCGCAGCAUCACAUGGAGGCGGCAGUCUCAGCGGCAGCUGCUUUUAGUGGCUUGCAUGAGCAAAUUGAGAAAACCGGCAGAACGCCGCUUGAGAGAGGCCCCCUAACGGAAACUCUCGAAGAAGGCCUUAACCUCGUGUGCACAAAAGUCGAGAACGACUACUGCCAGCAGACGCUUGUCCUUCUCGCCCAAGAAAGCCCAAUACGAACUCCUUCUCUCCUUUUGGAACCAUGCGCUAGCCGCUGUUUCGUGCCGCUAACCGGGGCAGUUGGGGCUAUAGUGGAGGCAUAUGGGGAGAGAUAUAGAGACCCCUGGCAUUCUUUGUUAGGUUCCGUGAUGAGGGCCUACGGAUGUUUCGUGCCGCUAACCGGGGCAGUUGGGGCUAUAGUAGAGGCAUAUGGGGAGAGAUAUAGAGACCCCUGGCAUUCUUUGUUAGGUUCCGUGAUGAGGGCCUACGGACGGUUUUAUUGCGUUACAAAUGAAAGGGGGGACUUCUGCGGGAGGCACUUCUUUGACAGAUACCGAGCAGCAAACCCACACAAAGUGGCUGCUCAAGGGCUGGAAUUGCCGCUCCCAGACUGUCAAUGUCCCCAUUCUUUCCUCCAAGAUGGGCAAUGCGACCCCGAGUGUUUCAACGAAGCCUGUGGAUGGGACGGCAGGGAUUGUCUGCCUUCAUCGAUGUUUGCCCAACUCCACGCUGCUGUUUCCUCUCUCGUAGACCCCACAUGCAGCCUUUACCACCCGGACUUUGAGUGUGGCGGCAAGUGCUUUAAGCAGUACGAGACAGCUAGGGGAGUCGGCGGAAGCGGCUGCUGCCUGGGGAUGGGCCUCGACAUCCUGGGGGCCGUAGCGGCGGCUGAGGCGGCGCAUCCACUCGGCGAGAUCCCCUGGAAGGUCCGGAGGACGGUAGCUUUCGCAGAGCAAAUAUGCGGGACUGCAGCAGACCGGACCUGCAGUCUUGGUGAGCCUAGGCCGUUACUGCAUGUGGAGCUACGUGUCGUUGGGCUCAACUCCCAGGUCACCCUAACUGACGCAGGGAAGGUUGACGAGAUCUUCAGGGCCCUCGGCACAGCCCUCACAAGGAAGGUCGGGCUCGUAGAAAGGGACAUUGCGCGGCAUUUUGCUAGGCCAGACCCACGAGGCAUCACUGUAGAGUUCAUCCUCGAUGCUGGGAGGGAUCACGCAGUCAGAGUUGCCCAGCUCCUACGGCAACCAAGUUUGAUGAAGGACGUGGAGGCAGCGGCUCUGCGACAGCUGGGCCGUGUAUCCCUCGCAGCCUAUCUGGAUCUGGAAAACGGCCUACUAGGAGUGGAAUUCGUGCCGAACUCACUGCAAGAGGAGCAAAUCACUUCGCCUGCUGCAGGGCUCGGCCCGUUGCCUCCAAAGAGGGGUGACGAAGGGCUUCACGAGCUGCCCUUGCAGCUGCCCCCCGAACCUUGCACUGAGGCGUCCUUUGCGUCACUCAGCCCACAAUAUGCUGCCCUAGAGAGACCAAAACUGUCAGAUAAGGGUGACCCAGAGGUGGUAGUGGUUGCAUGCAGCCCGGGUUACUUGCCAACUCGAGGCCACAUGGCAGACUCGGAUCGCGCCAUCUGCGACAACGGGAAGUGGGUUCUUGAGGAUGGCCUGGACUGCCGUCGUACCUGCACGGGUCGCCCUGACGCUUCUCUGUAUCCAAAGGGAGCGUAUAUCGUCUCCGGGCCAGACUGGGGCCUCAAUGGCCGAGCGGCGCCUCGCUCGUUACAGGCGUCAGCAAGGCACAGCCCCCCAAUGGUAAAUUUCGGAGAAGCAACUGUCACCAAUGCAACGCAAGGUGCUGCCCACGGUUCCGCUUUGUUUGUGAGAUGCGCCGACGGGUUCGCUGCCGGAAGGGGUCAGGAAGCUAGAGAGACCAACAUUCACCUGCCAUCGGCUCUGUCCCGAGUUCGAGCAGCUGGGGAGCGCCUACGUAGUUACAGGAGAGGGUUCACCUGCCAUCGGCUCUGUCCCGAGUUCGAGCAGCUGGGGAGCGCCUACGUAGUUACAGGAGAGGGCCAGCACCAGGGAGACGAACGCGAAGUGUCUUGCAGCAGAGGCUACUACCCACAGAGGCGGACACAUCGCCUUGUUUGCUCUGAGGGCAGCUGGCCUGCCCUCCCCUUCAGGUGCUCGCGAGCGAUGACCCCUGAUCUCCGGGAAGGAGUCGGCGGAUUCCAGAAGAUCCUGCAGCAAAUGUUCAGCCGAGAAGGUAUUCUCGGAUUUAUUGCGUUUUCUAUCCUCGUUCUCGCGGCCACUCUCAUUGUAAUCCUGUGCUGGCUUUUCUGUUGCCGCGGCCGAGCCCAUCGCCGGCAGCGGGAGAGGGCAGAAGCGCUGCAGGCCCUGAAAUUGGCAGUAAAAAGCGCAGGACAAGAAAUGGUUGACCUCAGCCGGCGCAUACCUGCUCGGCCUCCAGGAGAUGCCGUCGUGCCACCUCCAAGUGAGGCGGCACCCACAGGUCGCAGCAGCCAGCGAGACCCAGAUGAAUCGACUCCUGUCCCCGAGUGGCUUGCUGAGGAACGCAUUUUGCCUGCACAAGCUGUCCGAAGGGCAACUGAUCCCAGGUGCUAUUCGGCUGCCCCAACCACCUUGACCAGCCUAAGCAGUACUCCUGGUUCGUCCAUCCCCUGCAUCAACUCAGGGAACAAUAGAGAACCCAACCAAAGUCACCAAGCUGUUCCUUUGCCAAGAAUGGCACAUGAGGUCUCUUCAGAAGGCACUGACGCAGAGGUCGAGUUGAUGCACAGCCGGGAAGAGGAAGAAGCAAUCGCAUCACUUCGAGAAGCUGCCGCGGCGAAGAACACCGAGCAGAAUGAUGCGACGCCCAACUAG